CUAAGCUCUGAGGCCGCGUGGAAGGCGGAGCGCGCUUCUCCAGAGCUGGAAACAGCACCCCUGCGCCGGCGCCUUCUGUCCGCACCCUUUCCUUGCCAGUCGGCACUUCGGCUGCAGUUUUGCCCACGCCUCGAGACUUAGCAGUGUCUUUCAGAAUUUGCCCACUUUCCUGGUAUAACUAAUUCCAAUGGCUGGGAAUAAAGGAAGAGGACGUGCUGCUUAUACCUUCAAUAUUGAAGCAGUUGGAUUUAGCAGAGGUGAAAAGUUACCUGACGUAGUACUGAAACCACCUCCACUAUUUCCUGAUACAGAUUAUAAACCAGUGCCACUGAAAACAGGAGAGGGUGAGGAUUAUUUGCUUGCCUUGAAACAGGAGUUGAGAGAAACUAUGAAAAGAAUGCCUUAUUUUAUAGAAACACCAGAAGAAAAACAAGAUAUUGAAAGAUAUAAUAAAAGAUAUAUGAAGGUGUACAAAGAAGAGUGGAUACCAGAUUGGAGAAGACUCCCAAGAGAGAUGAUGCCAAGGAAAAAAUGCAAAAAAGCAGGCCCAAGCUCCAAAAAGACAAAAGAUACUGGCAAAGAUACUUCACUCAGUAAUACUGAAGAUGUAUUGAAAAAAAUCGAGGAAUUGGAAAAGAAAGGUGAUGGUGAGAAAUCAGAUGAGGAAAAUGAUGAGAAAGAAGGAAGCAAAGAGAAAAGUAAAGAAGGUGAUGAUGAUGAUGAAGAUGAAGCUGCAGAACAAGAGGAAUAUGAUGAAGAAGAGCAAGAAGAGGAAAAUGACUACAUUAAUUCAUACUUUGAAGAUGGAGAUGAUUUUGGCGCAGACAGUGAUGACAACAUGGAUGAAGCAACCUAUUAGCUCUGAAAUUUCUCAAAAAAUAUUUUUAUGAUACAGCUUCUGAACAUUUGGACAGACUUAUUUCUGAUAAGGAAUGAGUAUUUUUGUUCACGUUUUGUUGGACAAAUAUUUACCACUUUGAGUUUACAUAUCAGUUACCUUACCAGUUAGUCUGACAUUCUGACAUUCCUUCUCAACACCUGUUAUCCCUCUUAAGUAUUCAAUUUUUUUUUAGUAUUAUUUGGAUUAGAAUGUGCCUAAAGAGUUUUUGCAUCUUUUAAUCUAUGUAUUCGUCCUUGAACAAAUUAUUAACUGCUGAUCUUUUGUAAAAUAUUAGUAGUCAUCCUAGUGGAUUUCUGUUGAGUUGAUUUAAUAUUGCACAUGGAGCACUUUAAGAAGAAAAACUUGAAUUUGCUUUUUGCUUUUACAUGGCAUGUUUUGUGCUACUACAUUAUGACUACAUAAACCUAUUUGAGCUCUUACAAGUGCAUAUGAGGUUAGAUUUGUGAUCGAAAGCUUGCACACAGGGACAAAUGCCAAAUGGAGCCAUGUAAAUUUCAUAGCUCAUAUCUCAGCCAUUACCUGAAAUGAUUAGUAAAAAUACUUGAAUUUGGGGUUGACUUCCUACCAUAUUUGAAUCAAUCAUCAUCCACUGUAAUAAGUUUGGUAUCUUUGAAUAGUUGGGCUUAUAAAAUAUUAGACUAAGACAACUUAUUUAAAUUUGUACUUUACAAUAGGUAAAGUUCUAGGCAUAUAAAUCUCACUGCAGAAUGCAUGUGUGAAAUCUGUGAGGUGUAAUGGUCUGUUGUUAUUUCAAAAGACUCAUUGCUAUCCAGUUAAUUUAUAUGACAGUGCAGAAUACAACUCAGGUCAUUUUGAAAUUGACUUUUAUUUUAAUUAAAAACUAGCUUCCCUUUUUAUAUUUGAGGAAUGCCUAAAAACCUUAGCCUCUAAAGACUUAAAAUGCCAAAGAUUUUGACAGGAAUUCAUAGUACAUAUUUCAAAAAAGUUUAAUAUUAUCCGCCAAAAGAAACUUAUUUUUCCCUUUGGAAAGAUAGUACCCUUACCCUCUGAGAAUCAGAACCUUAGGUUCUAUUUCUCCUUUGACUGUUAAAUCUUGAAUUUGAGCUUAAGUUUUUUGUAUCUUGGUUUCUUCACUUGUAAACAAUUUCCUAUAUAAAUUGCUUCAACAUUGACUGAAAUUUACUGUAAUCAUUCUCUUAACAUAUAGAAAUGAUCACCUCUUAAAUUUGGUCUUGCCCUCUAAAAAACUGUAGCUUAUAAAAUGUUUGAAAACAGUUUUGAGAAACAAACAUGUUUUCCUCACAAAACAUUGUAACCUGGUUUUCCCAUUUUGUAUUCGGGUAGGGAAAAUUGGGGAACGUUUAUAUUCUCUUGUGCCAUUUUGUAACGUGGCUUUCUCAGGAAAAAGAUCAGUUUCAAUUGUAAUACUUUCUCAGAUAAUUCAAGAUAGGUGUGAGGACCAUCAGACGUUCAGUGCUAUGUUGAUGGUAUGUGAAUUAUUUCUUGUUUAAAGGAACUUGUAAAAUUUUUAAAGAUACUAAAUGGAAAACAUGAAUGUCUACUUUAAAGCAGCAAUCUACUGUACUUAGAAUAGAAACCUCACUUAAAGUUGUUUGUAAUGGGCAAAUAAAGUUAUUUAGGAUUAUUAACAGGUGUUUUAUUCUCUCACCUCCAUAGUACCUUAGCUAAAUAACAUGUUUUAUCUCUGUAGUUUACUUGUUUUAUUGUAAAUUUGCAGAUAAACACUUGAAUAGGGCAAAAACACCAAAAUACAGGUAUUUUUUUCCCCUCAAUCUAUCUCUACGAUUUUGUCCUGCAGAAACCCCUUGGGCAGGUAUUUGCCCUGGAAACCCUAGCCAUCUCUCUUAAAUGCUUUGUCUUUCCCCUUUGGAAAAUAUCUUUACAGGUUUAUAGUAGACUAACGGUAAGAACAGGCAGUAGUAUCUGCAUGUUGCUUUGCCAGCAUGAAUCUUAUUUUUGUGGCUUAAAAUCUCAGUGAAGUUACUCGAAUGGAAAACUUUAAUGCAGAUAACUCAUACAUAAAAAAAGUAUUUGUUGGUGAAGUUUUAAAAUUGCUAUAAAACAAGCCAAAUUUUUGUUGCUAUAAUGCUUUUUUGUAUUUACAUAUUAAAUUCUUACAAAACUG